UGCUUUUCGUUUCGUUUUUCGUGCGCUCAGUCUCUGAUAGCCAACUCUCGGGAGCAGACCGAUAAGCGCUUUUCGGGCAAUUCCGCCAAACCAAAACAACUGAAAAAUAGCCAACAGCCAAGUGAAAAGCCAAGAAAACUAAGUAGUAGCCAAAAACCCAAGGCAAACGGGCCCUCUUCUGGUGUUCCGUUUAGUUUUUUGGGCAAUUUUGAAGCAGAAUAGCCACAUUCACAAAGCGAAACGCAAAAAACAUAAAAGUCAAAACAAAUCAGUGCAGCAGCCGCCAAUUGCAUCGCAUAUUGCUCUCUGUGUUGUGUCAGUGUGUUGUGUGUAUAAGUGUACGCGUGUGUGUGUGUGUGCUGGCAAGAAAACUGAGAGAAAAGUGAAAAGUAACGACCGGCAAAAGCGCGAAAAACGAAAAACAAAAAAACUUUCCCCGCAGGAAGCUCGAACUGCAAGCUGACGUUACAAGCGGUCAAAAUUGGAUUAUGCUUAGGCACAAACGCAACUGCCACGCCAUUCAGACGCCCAGCGACGCCGAGCAUGUGAAGUUAAAGCCGCACUUUCAUCCGCCCCAGUGGCUCCUGCACCGCGUCACCUUCUCUCUGGAGCUGUAUCACAAGAAUAUCAUCAAGAAACUGCCCAGUCUUGGCCAAUUUCACGUUUACCGGCUGACCAAGAACGUCUGCCAGACUUAA